CAUUCCGGCGGCGGCGGAAGGGCUGGUCCCGGAAGUGGAAGCGGCGCCGGGGCCUGUGGCGGGCGGCCCGGUGUCGGCCGGAGCCGGGCCCAGCGGCGGUACCGGCAGGAUGAGCGAGCCCGAGCUGCUGCUGGACUCCAACAUCCGGCUGUGGGUGGUGCUGCCCAUCGUCUUCAUCACCUUCUUCGUGGGCAUGAUCCGGCACUACGUGUCCAUCCUCCUCCAGAGCGACAAGCGGCUCACGCAGGAGCAGGUGUCCGACAGCCAAGUCCUGAUCCGGAGCAGAGUCCUUCGGGAAAAUGGAAAAUACAUUCCCAAACAGUCUUUCCUGACCCGGAAAUAUUUUUUUAAUAACCCAGAGGAUGGAUUUUUUAAGAAAACGAAAAGAAAGGUAGUGCCUCCUUCACCAAUGACAGAUCCAACCAUGCUGACAGAUAUGAUGAAAGGGAAUGUAACCAACGUUCUGCCUAUGAUCCUCAUCGGUGGUUGGAUCAACAUGACAUUUUCAGGAUUUGUCACAACAAAAGUCCCAUUUCCUCUGACACUGCGUUUUAAGCCAAUGUUGCAGCAGGGAAUUGAGCUGCUCACUUUAGAUGCGUCCUGGGUGAGCUCUGCUUCAUGGUACUUCUUGAAUGUGUUUGGACUCAGAAGCAUUUAUACUCUCAUCCUGGGCCAAGAUAAUGCUGCAGAUCAGUCCAGGGUGAUGCAAGAACAAAUGACAGGGGCAGCAAUGGCCAUGCCAGCAGAUACUAACAAAGCAUUCAAGACGGAAUGGGAAGCUUUAGAAUUGACUGAUCAUCAGUGGGCCUUAGAAGAUGUAGAAGAGGAGCUCAUGGCAAAAGACCUCCAUUUCGAAGGCAUGUUUAAGGAAGAACUUCAGACCUCCAUCUUCUGAAUUUGAGAAUAUGCUUUUGUCUCUUCUUGUAAAAGUAAUUUGAAAAGAAAUCUCUUACUUAAAACUACAUAAUGUAUUUUAGAAAGGCUGAGAAUAAAACAAAACAUGUUCAGAACUGCA